GGUGGAGAGUCUAUAUGAAAAUGAUAAUUUACCAAUUGCAGUCGCACUCUCACAUAUUAUCCAGUUAUGAUAAAUGGCGUGACCUUAAAACAAUUGAAUGCUCUUACAUUAAAACCAGAGCAAUAUUUUAUGAUAUGCACGUGAUAUCUGCAUGUGUACCAUUUGCAUCUAUGAGACAUAUGCCAAUGAACUACAGUAUGUCGGUACACCAAAUUCAAUAUGUUGAGAUAAGUCUAAUCACGCAUUGGAAUGGACUAGCUAUAACACAUGUUGAUGCAUGUAAGAUAGGAUUUGAGCCCAAUGAGUCUUCUGACGUAAAUUAAGAGUGGUGAUAAUGAUUACUGGCAAAGAAAACUUGGGAUAGAUAGCCAACCCUUUGAGAAUGAAAUAAAGCCCAAGAUAAAGGGGGUUAACCAAACAGCUGGAAUUUGAGUAAAAAUAUAAGACAACUUUGUAAAACCCAAGAACCCUGUCCAGGAACAAAUUUGAGAAAUACUCUUAUUUUUUACUCCAUUUCUGUAUGGAUCCAAAAUAUUCAUUUUCUUGGAAUUAGAAAGCUCUUUAUUUUUAAUCGUCCUUUCUUUGAAGAAGUGUGUUACAUAGGCAUGGCUCUAAUCGGUAAGCUCCACUUGAGAGUUUUAGUCUUAUUCAUUUGGCUAUUUGUCUCUGCACUUGGACAGAACCUGCUAAGUUGUGACAUUACAUCUCCAGAUGCUUCUGGCUACCACUGCAAUGUUGGAAACGCCUCACAGGUUCAGUGUGAGACAUUUGUAAUUCUUCGCACCAAUUCCUACUUCUCAUCACUUUCCAACCUGAGCUUUUACUUGGGCAUCAGUCGUUUCGUGAUUGCAGAAGCUAAUAAAUUUUCUGCAGAGACAGAAUACCUUCCAAAAGAUCAGUCUUUGUUGAUUCCAAUUGAUUGUAAGUGCAAAGGUGGUUUCUUUCAGGCUGAAGUAACAAAAACAACCACAAAGGGAGAGAGCUUUUAUGGAAUUGCUGAAUCUUUGGAGGGCUUGACAACCUGCAAAGCCAUCCAAGAGAAGAACCCUGGAGUGUCACCAUGGAGUCUUGGUGAUAAAGUUCAGUUACUGAUCCCAUUGAGAUGUGCCUGUCCUUCUUCAUCUGAAGCAGGUCCAAAGACGAGGCUAUUGCUGUCUUAUCCGGUAAUUGCAGGUGAUACAAUUUCUAACUUGGCCAUUAAGUUCAAUACUACUCCAGAAGCUAUUAUAUUUGCAAACAACAAAUCUUUACAGACCUUUAGACCUCAAAGCCUAAUACCUCUUACAUCUCUUCUGAUUCCAAUCAAUGGUGAGCCAGAGCCUGUUCUUGGUCCUCUUGCAAAACCUCGAGAAACCAAUUUACAUUUUCCAGCAACUAGCAUCCCAGUAAUUAGUCCCCGCAAGAAAAAGUCCAAAAUGAGGAAGAUUGUUUUAUAUAUUGCACUCAGUGGGGUUGUAGUUUCUGUGAGCAUUGGUAUUGCAGUAGCCUUUGUGGUGAUCCAACAGAAAAAGAAGAAGAAACAAAGUUCCUGCAAGGGAGUAGUAGAUGUGGAGUUGCAACAGCUUAGUCUCAGUGUAAGAACUACAAGUGAUAAGAAAGUCUCAUUUGAGGGGUCUCAGGAUCCUCUAGAUGGUAGGACCGUAGAUGCUACACCACGUAAGAUGCUGAUCGAGACUUAUACUGUUGAGGAACUCAGAAAAGCAACUGAAGACUUCAAUUCAAGUAAUCAGAUUGAGGGAUCUGUUUAUCAUGGUCGUCUCAAUGGGAAGAAUCUGGCAAUAAAGCAAACGCAACCAGAUACAAUCUCAAAGAUUGAGCUUGGACUCUUCCAUGAUGCAAUUCACAAUCACCCCAACAUACUUAGGCUGCUGGGGACAUGUUGGAGUGAGGGUCCUGAUUCUGAUUCGUUUUUGGUCUUUGAGUAUGCCAACAAUGGGUCAUUGAAAGAUUGGCUUCAUGGUGGUUUGGCAAUGAAAAACCAAUUCAUUGCUUCUUGUUAUUGUUUCUUGACAUGGAGUCAGCGGCUGAGAAUCUGUCUUGAUAUAGCCAUGGCCUUGCACUACAUGCACCGCGUAAUGAACCCGAGCUAUGUUCACAGAAAUGUUAAGAGUCGGAACAUUUUCUUAAACGAAGACUUCAAUGCCAAAGUUGGGAACUUUGGCAUGGCAAGGUGCAUUGAAGAAGAUAUUGGAGACCCUCAAUUUUAUUCAACCAAUCCAGCCUCUUGGAGUCUAGGCUAUUUGGCUCCUGAAUAUGUUCACCAAGGUGUAAUUUCUCCAAGCAUUGAUAUUUUUGCUUAUGGGGUGGUUUUACUAGAGGUUUUAUCAGGUCAAACGCCAAUAACAAGGCCAGAUAAUAAGGGAGAAGGGAGUAUAUGGCUCUCAGAGAAAAUCAAGUCCAUAUUGCAGUCAGAAGAUGCAGAUGAGCUAAGGGAAUGGAUGGACAAUGCAUUGGGGGAGAAUUAUUCAUUUGAAGCAGCUGUCACAUUGGCCAAUCUUGCAAGAGCUUGUGUAGAGGAAGACCCUUCUUUGAGACCAAGUGCUGGAGAAGCUGUGGAAAAAUUAUCAAGAUUGGUAGAAGAAUUACCAGAAGGAGAGAAUAUGUUAAUGUGUGAAAGCUCUUCCAAGCCUUUAGUAAAGGCAUCAGCAAACCAUAUGUGAAUAAUCAUCAUCCAGUGAAGUUAGUCCAACCAAUUUAAAACCAGUUAUUCUACUCCUAGUGUUUUGUUUUAAAUGUUUUUACUUUUUAAGGUUUGAGACCACUUGACAAGGUCAGUGGAAUCCUGUAUAUAUGUCAUUAAGAAACUCAAUUCGAAACAAAAAGUGCAGGUUUCUACUCUGUAUUCUCUGUUUCGAAAAUAAUAAAUUGCUGUUAUUCUAUAAA